CAGGAGAGAGAAGAAGAAAGGGAAGAGGAGGAAAUCCAAGAUGGCGGCUGCGCGACAUUAAAGCGACAGACUGGAGAAUUUCCGUCUAAAAUUGAAUAAAUCCGCGGUUAAGUUGUGUUUUUUUGUGUAGUUCAGAGGUUUAAAGUGGUAUAAAGAGUAGUUUUGUGGCGACUGAAUGAGGUUUGGGGAUUUUUUUUUUGAACGUUGUUUUGUUUUGUUUUCCGACGCCGUCUUCUUCGCCUGAAGAAAUAACAAGCAGAGGGUUUGUUCUGGGAAAAAAGAAGAAUAUCCGUGUGAGAAAUAAAACAAACACAAACUGCAGCAUGGAGGAGAAGUCGAGCAGCAGGAGGAGCAGGGAGAGCAGCAGCAGUAGCAGCAGCAGUGGCAGUGAGUCGAGUAGCGGGCCUUCUUCCCCCGCCAGCCCGGGCUCCGGAGCGGUCAGAGCGGCCAGCAGCAGCAGCAGCGCCGCCGGAGGAGGAGGAGGAAACGCCUUCGCCAAUGACGGCAGCUUCAUGGAGCUGUUCAAGAAGAAGAUGGAGGAAGAGCGGCGGAGAAAGGAGCUGGAGGAAGCGAGCAACGAGCAGGCGACUGAGGACAAGAAGCCCGUUAGCGUGGCCAGCUUUGUGGGCAAGCGCAGAGGCGGCGCCAAGCUGGCACUCAAGACUGGAGUGGUGGCCAAGAAGCAGAAACUCGACUCAGCGGCUGAGACGGGUAAAGGAGAUGCCUGGUCUAAGUACAUGGCCGAGGUAAAAAAGUACAAAGCUCACCAGUGUGGAGACGACGACAAAACCAGACCUCUGGUCAAAUAGACUGUGGUGGAAGCGGCGUGUGACGUGGCAUUCGACCCCCACUUACACACACACACACACACACACACACACACACACACACACACACACACAGCCCAGGGUCAGUCACGCCCUGCGCGUCUUUCCUUUUCCUCUUUUGUUUAUAGGUUUCCAGUUUUAGUUUCUAGAAUCCUCCCUGUGCAGCAUGUGUCAUGUGAUCCAGAUGUUUUAUAAACACAUCAUUAUGAGCAUCUUCAUCUUCAUCAUCAGUCCUGAUACUAGAUAGAGAGAAAGACAGAGAGAUGCUCUGUGGUGUGUUUAAGUAUCUGGACUGAUGUCUCACCUUUUCGUAUCUGAUUUUUGUGUCAGUAAUCGAUGUUCCCUGAACUCAGUGGUUAAGAAACAUUAAAAUGCAGAGCUCUGGUCAGUGUGUUGGUCAGUGGGAGUUUUGUAUCCGUCGCCUUCUACGUGGUGCUAAUUUACACACAUGAUCCGGUCACUGAAAGCAGUUCAUCAGAUCGUUGAAAGGAGCCUGUGGGAAUAAGGGACACGCACUUCCUCACUGGCCCUAGUUACACACUUAGCCCCGCCCACUUUGAAGCAACCUGAGGUUACUGUAUGUCACGUCUCAGGCGUGUGCAGACAGAAGGGUCAGGAUUUGAACUCUAAUAUAACAACGCCAGAUUGGAGAUUUUAUUAUUUCUGACUUAUCCUUUCAUGAAUGAACAGAUUUUCGUGAACGAGGGUGAAGAAAUUCUGCAGCUUUCCCCAGCCUCCAGAGCUCCGUAUCCAUGACGACCCUGACCAGGAGAAAAACCUCUUACUGGAGGUUACAGAGCGUACAGUUUUUCAGUUUACAGCUCGAGGUGAGGAAAUCCUUUCGUUUAAUCUAGGGGGAAAAUGAGAAAUUUGUAAAAGUAUUAAACCCAGUGGUGUCCAUCAGGAGGGUUAGUGAUUUCCACCCAAUCAGCAGCACAGACUCGAAUAGACUGAAAAUCUGAGACUGAUAAGCUCCGCCCACUUGAUAUCACAUGGUAUCGAGAUUGACGUCGAUCAUUCAGAGCGAUAAAAGUUUUCAUCCUGCACAAGAACUUGAUUUCCGGGGGUUUGGGGUUCAGUGAAUUUCAUUCGUUCUUCAUCCUUUAUUUCUGUCGUCUGUAACUCCACCCCUUUUAAUCACAUGGAUUCUAUGGGUGUGAAGUUCAGGAGAAAAGAAAAAAAAAAAAAGAAGUGUCUCCAAUAAACAGUUGAGAUGUUCCUGUACACGUUCAUGUCAUGUGGCUACUUUUGUUUUUUAAUUGUUUGUAAAAUAAAUCUGAACAAAGUGGU